UUUUAUUCUCUGCGAAGGUUGCUGUUAGAUUAUUGCAAUGGCAAGAACAAAGCAAACGGCUCGCAAAUCAACUGGUGGUAAAGCUCCCCGAAAGCAGCUCGCCACUAAAGCGGCUCGUAAGAGCGCUCCUGCUACCGGUGGCGUUAAGAAGCCUCACCGCUACAGGCCUGGCACGGUAGCUCUGCGAGAGAUCCGUCGCUACCAGAAGUCUACCGAGCUCCUUAUUCGUAAGCUGCCUUUCCAGCGUCUUGUGAGAGAAAUCGCUCAGGAUUUCAAGACUGAUCUCCGUUUCCAGAGCUCCGCUGUCAUGGCUUUGCAGGAGUCCAGCGAGGCUUACUUGGUGGGUCUUUUCGAAGACACCAACUUGUGCGCCAUCCACGCCAAGAGAGUAACCAUAAUGCCCAAGGACAUCCAGCUAGCUCGCCGCAUUCGUGGAGAGCGAACUCGGAAAGUUGCAGCAUUCAGUUUUUUCUCUGUAACAAUGCCUGAGCCGAAAGCCGCCCCUGCCCCCAAGAAGGGGUCCAAGAAAGCCGUUUCUAAGAGCCAAGCCAAAGGUGGGAAGAAACGCAGAAAGACCAGGAAAGAAAGCUAUUCCAUCUAUGUGUACAAGGUACUGAAGCAAGUUCACCCCGAUACGGGCAUCUCCUCUAAGGCGAUGGGCAUCAUGAACUCCUUUGUGAAUGAUAUCUUUGAGCGUAUCGCCGGUGAGGCUUCUCGCCUUGCGCACUACAACAAGCGCUCGACUAUUUCUUCCCGGGAAAUCCAGACUGCUGUGAGGCUUCUGUUACCAGGAGAACUUGCUAAGCACGCCGUCUCGGAGGGCACCAAGGCAGUUACCAAGUACACCAGCUCCAAAACCACUGUCCCUCACUCGGGCAUAAGUCCGUUUAGGUUAGAUUUUCUUAUGCCAUACGGCCUUUCGUUACGGCAGUGGAGUGCGAACAAAUCCGACGAAAUAAAAAAGCCAAAUCGCAAUAUAGGGCAGAAAUGGUUCGAAUCAGGCUCAAAGUGCGACUCUUUUCUUAUUCUUCACUUAAUACAUACCUUUGUUUGUAGUGUAUACUUGUGGUCUUUUGGCGAAAUGGCAAGAACGAAGCAAACGGCUCGUAAAUCAACUGGUGGCAAAGCUCCCCGAAAACAGCUCGCCACUAAAGCAGCUCGUAAAAGCGCUCCUGCUACCGGUGGCGUAAAAAAGCCUCACCGUUACAGGCCUGGCACGGUGGCUCUGCGAGAGAUCCGUCGCUAUCAGAAGUCUACUGAGCUGCUUAUCCGCAAGCUGCCUUUCCAGCGACUUGUGAGAGAAAUCGCUCAGGAUUUCAAGACCGAUCUCCGUUUCCAGAGCUCAGCCGUCAUGGCUCUGCAGGAGUCCAGUGAGGCUUACUUGGUGGGUCUGUUCGAAGAUACCAAUUUGUGCGCCAUCCACGCGAAGAGGGUUACUAUAAUGCCCAAGGACAUCCAGCUGGCUCGUCGUAUUCGUGGAGAGCGUGCAUAAGGACAUGCGUUAUUGUGUAAAUUUGAUAAAACGGCUCUUUUCAGAGCCACCA